ACUUCCGGUUUUCGAGAGUUUGAAAAAUGGCGGAAAGCAUGAGUGGGAAAUCUUUCCGAGAAGUUGUUGUUCCUUCAAGCCCAUCAUCCAAAUGGAAAGAAAUUACAGUCAACACAGGGGCAUCAGCCAGCACACUUCAAGAUAUCAAAGUACCAGACAGUUGUGGUGGAUACUCCUACCUGGAUAGUGGUGUGCCUCAGUCAGCAGUCAGAAACCGCUUCAUCUACUGGAGAACUAGCAAUGAUGUGCUUGAGUUGGUGGAGCAGAGUCUGGACUUUAACCUGCUGGGAUCACAAGUGCGAUUUAAGUUCCUGGAAACUCAGAUCUUUGGUGGUGUGACAGUGUGGGAGUCUCAUGGCAAUGUCAUCAUCCUGGUGGCCACAGUGGCCAGUGUUCAUCGCCUCAUCUUCCCGCACCCUUCCCGACUUCAGAAAACGGAUAUUGGCUGUUCAUCAGAUCAAGUUGUACAGUCUAUUUUCUAUGAUGCCUCCUUGAUGACGGCAGCCGACUCAAAAAACAUGCAUAUGUUGAACCCAGGUGGCAGUGUGACCUCCCACUUACACAGUGCUGCCACCUACCUGAACAACGAGGGCGAUGCACUGUUUUCAUUUUCCAGUAACACUGGAAACAUCCUACUGAUUAAGAUGCCACCCCCUCAGGUCCAAGGAGUUGUUCAACAGUUUGAUCUGCGCCAGUCUUCUAUGAUGCAGAAAUUGUUUAGUGGCCUCAUCAGGACUGGACAAGAGGCCACAGACUCUGCUACUAGUAUGGUCAUACAAAUGUUCCAUGGGGAUGCCUACAUCUUCGCAGUUUGCAGGGACCACAAAUUGAGAAUAUGGUCAACAAAGACUCGAGAGUGUAUCCUGGCUUACAACCUGCUUGAGUGUUGUCCUGAUCUUCAGCAUGUUCAGCCCGUGACAGGGAGUGGACAUACAGUCAAGAAAGUUUUGAGCAGUGAUACUAUUGAUUUGAAGCUCUGUGUUUAUUUAAACUUCCCAGACAGAAAUCAGUUUUGCUUUGUACAACCCCAUAUGGUGAAUGGGCGCCUUGAGGUUUACCACAACGCGACUGUGUUUGGCUCUCCUGAAGAUUUGGUGGAUUAUUCUGUGACUGAUGAACACCUAUGGACACUCUGGACAAACCAGACCGGGGAAAGCGUGGCCAGGGUCCGAAGCAUGACAGAAGGCCAUUUAAGGGGAGAUAAUUGGAGUGAGGUGAUCUUGCAUCCUCCAGAGAAUAGUGACAUCAUUGUCCCUCGCCAUGCUGACCCUCGAGAGGUCUACUUGGCCCGUAUCUUCCAUCCCCGACGCUUUAAUGUUCAGGAUAUUAGGAAGGCACUCAAUGUGUACCGUCGUUCUCUGGACAUGACUGUUACUGGGGAGAUGACGCUACAAGUGAAUACGCUCAAGGAGGAGGUAACUCUAGCAGUAGAGGAUGCUAUCCGAAAUUCUGCAGCGUCCAAUGAGCUUGCGGAGGAGGAGUACUACCAGAUCCAACUUGACCAGUGGACAAAGUUCCACUCCUGCUGCGUCCAGUAUCAAGAGGUCGGAGCUAAAAUGAAGGGACUGCUGACUGAUCCAGUCACAGGAUUAGUUUGCCUCAUCAAAAAGGGCUGUGUGACCUACAUUCGACAGUGUGACAGAAUUGAAGAGCUGUGUCUUGGAAGUGGCGAGUGGACUGACCAGCAGGAGUUAGAUCAUGCCCUGAAAUUUGAUGUUGAAAUGCUGGGUCGCUGCCUAGAGCUGAUAAAGUCUAAGGUCACAGACGAGGCAGGGGCACAAUUUGACUACUGUCUAGUGUCACAGGAGGAGAUUCGUACACUGGCAAAUCACAUGGUUGAGGAACUAUUCACCGAGGAAGGUUUGCUAGAAGGAUCAGCUUCUAUGGCCUCACUUGGGGCCCGGAUCCAGAGCAUCAUAAACCUGCCAGACAGUGUCCAGAUCUUACUAGAUGCUACCGACCUUACCACACAGGAUGACCUGGAUGACACACCCAUGGAUGAUGGUGAGAACACUGACCCCCAGCUUUCAUGUGGUCAACUAUUCACAAGUGGUACUGCUGUGGAAAUCCUCUCUGCCACUCUACAGCAGAUCUCUGUCACUAGGUUAUCUGUCCUUAGGGAUCUGCUAAUCCUACAGGAGGCGGCCUGUCAGCUGGGAGAUCGGGAUGGUAUAACUCCUGAUGUUACAGACCGUCUACGCCUCGAUCUUAUCCCCCACACCCUUACACUGCUCCAGUCCUAUAUGCUUCUCAAGUGGGUUGCUGAGUCUGUUACAACGCCUAGUCAAACCAGUGCCUUAGAAUUUAAUGUGAGACAGCUGGCAUCCCUGGAGAUCAAUGAUGGGUCAGGACUCUCCAGCCAGCAGCGAACCAGUCUGCAGAAUAUGGGUGUGGCAGAGCUAUUUAUCCAGGCUGUAGGUGGGACACAGGCACGACAAAUGCUUGCCCAGACACGUCUGAUGGAGAAUGAACCCUGUGCUACCUGGACUUUGGGCAUCCUAGGCCUCACCAACUUUGUGUCCCGGCUUAUCUGGCCAAUGAGCCCCCACUUUGUGUUCCCAGAGUUCUUGGUAGGGAGUUGUCAAUACCUCCAGCUCCAGGAGUAUGUACGUCUGCUAAGCUCCUGGUGCGAGUGGCAUGUCUCCUCUCGUAGGUUCAUGUUGGGGCUAUGUUACCUGCACUUUGAUGAGCCUCAAAAAGCUGGUCAGUGUUUCACCGCAGCAAAGAAAGGAGUUGCCACUGAGAGCUUCCUGAGGCAGAAACUUCUACAGACAGAGGAAACAAACAGUAAACGCCUGGAGGUCCUGUACUACCUUAAGGUGUUAAAACAAUUUGAAGAAUUUGGAGCUCCUGAUAUGGUUGUCUCUCUUGCCAAAACAGGAAUUAGUAUAGCUGAUGAUGACGACCCUAACAUGCCCACUCUUUACUCUAAGCUGUUCAAGUACCAGCUUGAGUUAGGCCACAACAUGGAGGCAUACUCAGCCAUGAUAGCCAAUCCAGACCCCUCCAGGAGAAAGGAUUGUCUGCGACAGUUAUUGGUGACCUUGUGUGAGCGGGGUGACCUUGAGGCAUUGAUAACUUUCCCAUACAUCGACCUAGAGGAAGAGGUUGUGACUAUCCUGGAGAGUCGUGCCCGGUCCGUGGAUCUACUUACCCAUAACUACUAUGACCUCCUGUAUGCUUUCCACAUCUUCAGGAAUAACUUCAGAAAAGCUGGCCGUGUAAUGUACGAGCACGGCACAAGACUUGGACGAGAGGUACCAGGCAAGAGAGGACUAGAACGUCAGGCACAGUGUUACCUAGCAACCAUGAACGUAUUACGACUUGUGAAACCAGAAUAUGCAUGGAUUGUGAAACCUGUACAGAAACAGAAUAAACUUAUAUUGGAAGGCUCUGGAAGUUCACCAAAGCGUUUCUUGGAUGGUGAAGAAAAACUAGCAGCAUCUGAUCAGAAGAUGGAGAUAAUGGAACUAGGUGACAUAGAGAAAGAGUUCAUGUUGGUUGACGCUCGACUCCGUCUUCUACAGAAGGAUACAGAUCCAGCCCUCACAUCAGGUCCAACUCCAGGACCAGAUGAGAUGGUGGGACUACUGGUGAGGGCAGGAAUGUACGACCGAGCAAUCACUGUCUGUCAGGUGUUUGAUAUGAAGCUAGUCACAGUGUUUGAAAGUCUUGCACUCAGGUGUGUGAAGCUGGCCCGCAGUAGUUCCUGGGAUAACUCAGUAGUGUCAGUGACAUGGGACUGGCUACAGGAAAACAACUUAGCUCUAUCUAACCUCACCAAGGAUACCAGUGCCACGGACCUUGCCUGGUUGCUUCUGCAGCACUAUUUAGAGACGUAUGAAGACUCUACAGGGCAGUACCACAGAUGUAUAGCGAUGAAACUGUUAGCCCAAGCCUUCCCUCUCCCAACAUGGCUUAUCAACUCUUACAAGGGGUUGAACACAGCAGAAUUGCUGAGAGUCUAUAUUGAUUUUGACAUGCUGGAAGAUGCUGUGAUUUUGACCAUGGAAUAUAUUGAUGCAGUCAUGGACUCUUUUACGGGUCAUGGGAGUGAACUUUUUAAACUACGGGGUUGCCUACAAAACCACACCCAGACAGCCUGGCUGCCCUAUACUAGUAUCGACCAGCUGCUCAUUGCACUGGGGGAUCACAAGCAUGACCUCACACAUGGCAAGCUGUAUGAUUCACUACAGAACAAAAUGACCAGCUACUAUAACAAGCUAUCCGAGCAGGACUAUGACAGCUGACACUGGCUUACCUGAUGUGUGUUUGUACCGUCUUCAUUGUCUCCCUUUACUCAGUCUUCAGACCAAAACCAACUUGUCAUUGUGAAUGCAUCAUCAGUGUCACUUUACGUCUAAUUACUCCAAAAACUAUCAUUUCAACAGAAACAACAUCACUUUUGGGUUAUAUUUGUGCAGUAUAUGUAUGGGAAAAUAUCUGAAGAUCUCUAUGUAUUUGGAAUCAUUUCCACCACCAUUCAAGAACCCUAAAUUUUAGGAAUCUGGCUAUUAAAUUCAUUUACGAACUUUCUGUCCCAAAGUUGAGCCCUGAACAUAACAGAAAAGUCGUGACUGUUUUCUCUAACUGUUAGGUAAUAAAAAGGGACUUGAGGAAAUUCACUAUAAAAACAACUUCUGUUGCUUAUUGAGGAAUGGAUUAUAUUUUGACUUUUUGUUAUCUGUAUUGAUGCCAAGCAGAUGUAUUGAAUAAACUAUGUACAUGUGAAUUGCU